UCGGCGACGCGGCAGCGGUCCGCGAUGGAGCAGAGGCUGAGCGGCCCCGGUGCCGCCGAACACCGGCCCAGCGUCAGCAGAGAACUGGAGCUGAAAACCACCCUGCGGGAGCUGAUCAUCUACGCCUUUUUCCUGACAGACCUCUGUAUACUGACGUUCGGCAUGGUGAGCACGGAGAUGUACUACCUGAACAGAGUCAUGGCCCAGCUCUUCCUGGAGCCGCCCUUCUCCGAGGACAGCCAGAGUGGUUUCAGGAGCAUUGAGAGCAGAGGUGAUUUCUGGAGGUUUGCAGAAGGACCCCUGUUGGAUGGACUCUACUGGGACAAAAGGUGUAAUAACAACACGAUGUUAACCGUCCAGAACAACAGCAGCCAUAUUUACUAUGAAAAUUUGCUGUUAGGAGUAGCCCAGAUCCGACAGUUGAAAGUACACAACAACACUUGCUCCAUCUACCCGUAUUUCCAUGCUUUUUUAGAAGACUGUUACAGUGAAUAUCAUUACCAAGCUGAAGACAGGUCUGAGUUUGGUCUAAAGAACGACUCCGAAUGGAAAUACACCUCAGCCUCCUCGUUAUCCCCGUGGUACUGGGGUUCUAUGGGCUUGUACAGCAGUGGGGGAUAUAAAUUCACCUUACCUCAAUCGAAGCAGAAAAGCCUGGAGAAGUUGGUGUUUCUCAGGCAGAACAACUGGCUUACUAGAGGAACCAGAAUUGUAUUUAUCGAUUUCUCAACAUACAAUGCUAACGUAAACCUCUUCUGUAUAGUCAGGUUGGUGGUAGAGUUCCCUGCCACUGGGGGUGCUCGCACCUCCUCACAUACCUACUCUGUGAAGCUCCUCAGAUACGUUACAUAUUAUGAUUACUUCCUGGCUGCUUGCGAAAUCACCUUUUGUCUCUUUAUCAUUACAUUCAUAAUCCAGGAAGCUACAAAAAUAGUAAAACUGAAAAAGGAAUAUUUCAGAAGUGCCUGGAACUGUCUGGAUUUGCUGCUGCUCGUGGUAUCCAUCCUUGCCAUUGCCUUCAACAUCUACCGCACUGUAGCAGUGUCCCUGCUAAUGGAAGAGCUGCUGUCUGAUCCCCACGCGUAUCCAGACUUCUAUUUCCUUGCAUUCUGGCAAGUCCUUUACAACAACAUGAUUGCCAUCAAUGUCUUCUUUGCUUGGAUAAAGAUAUUUAAAUAUGUAAGCUUUAACAAAACCAUGAUGCAGCUGUCCUCCACUUUAUCGCGCUGUGACAAAGACAUCCUUGGAUUUGCCGUCAUGUUCUUCAUCAUUUUCUUUGCCUACGCCCAGUUUGGCUAUCUGGUCUUUGGGUCGCAAGUUGAAGAGUUUUCCAGUUUCCAAAACUGCAUCUUUACACAGUUUCGUAUUGUGCUGGGAGAUUUUAAUUUUGAAGCCAUAGAAGCAGCAAACAGAAUCCUUGGACCUGUUUACUUCAUCACAUUUGUGUUCCUUGUGUUCUUCGUAUUGCUGAACAUGGUUUUGGCUAUUAUAAAUGACACCUAUUCAGAAGUCAAAGCAGACUUUCAGAUGAUAACCAGUGAAGAAAUACAGAUCAGAGACCUCUUUAGACAGAGUUGCAAUAAGGCCCUUGUCAAGCUCAAGCUGAAGAAACCAGAGCUGGAUAAAAAUUCAUCGGAGGAGACCUUGGAAAGCAAGGAAUUUUCAGCCAGUGAAGGAAAGGAUAGUUCUAAGCAUUCCAGUGAAGCCAGUGCUAAUGAAGAGAGCUACCCGGGGUCAUCAAAGCUACAGGAAGGGGGACUUCAUCAGAAGCAUCCAUCUGCUGACAACACGGACUCAGUCCUGGCUCAGAGCUACAUCUCCACUGCAGAACUUCAUCAGCUCUACUGGCAUACAGUCAUGUUGGAGAAUGAAUUAAGACACACUAAUCAAAUAUUAAAGACAGUUUUGGAAAGCAUUCAACAAGCAGGUGGCCGUCAGGGGAGAUUGCAAGAUGGCAGUGAAAUGUGA